CAAAACAAAAAAAGUACCAAAUAGAUGAUAAGAUUUUAAAUUAAACAAUAAAAAUGGACAUUGAAGAAACUUUCCAGUCAGGCAUUAAGGAAAAACUCCGUUCUCGCAUUUUCCUCGGAAGUUUUGAAAAAAAGUCCUAUAUUUCAGCGAUAAGCGAUUACCGCAACGUGAUACUUUUAGGUGCUUCCGAAACCGAGCUCUUGAGCGAUUUGGUUGCUGUUAGAAGAGAAAUCGAAAAAUUCUACAAAAACUCACCGCAUUGGAUCGGCUUUGAGGUAAUCGAUGCAACUACAGGAACACUUUACAUUGACCAGCUGGAAGACGUUCCCUUCGGUACUUUUUGGUUCCAAAUAAAAACUGUGCGAUUCAAAGACGGCGAAGUAAAACUAAAACUGAAAAUUCUACGGAAAGUAGAAUCAUCCGAGACCAGUUUCGACAGGAGCACAUCAAAAUCCUUAAAUAAUGACAGCACAAAUUCGACAGCGACAUGGAAGGAAAUUUUCGACUUGUGGCUCGAAUCGGCAAAUGUUAAUAUUAAAAAUUUAUUACUGCACAAGUUUACGGUGGAAAAUUGCAUAAAAUUUAUGCAGAUGGUUCCACUUGUGAUGAUCAGCAUUUUUAUUGGUGGCUUUCAUUUGAUUCAAUUUGUGGGUGAUUUUUGUGUUCGGAUGAUGCCAGAGUUGACUCGUUUGGUUCACGCUUGCACACCAAUUUUCUUUGGAAUACUAGAUUUGAUUUCCCGGAUAAUUGGGGGAUUUUUCAUUUUGAUAUCGAUGAUAUGGAAGGACAGCAUAGGAGGAGGAGCAAAGCCACGACAACCAGCAAUAAAGUAUCCUGUGAACAGGAUUCAGUGAUUUAUGUGAAUUUUUUGGUGCAUGUGCAAUUUUUUUUUCGAGAGUUUUUAUUAAUCACAAAUAUUUAUUUAUUUAAAUAUUUAAUUUAAUAUUUUUUUUUAAUAAAAAAUUGUGUAAGGAUAA